CUUUCUCUCUGUUACUCUCUCUCUGCUCCUUCGGUAUGCAGCUUCUAUUUUCAAUAAUCUACACAGCCCUUGGUUUCCAUAAUCGAAAGAGAGCAGCUGAAUUUUGCUCCAAAUCCCAAGGGUGAAGCUGCGAAGUGUUUGGAAAACUUUUGGUCCUCUUGACCUUCACCGUCGUCGUCUUCGUAGUUCUGGGAAUAUGGCAUUUGAGAUUGGUUCGAGUUGGUUGGUUCCACAUUGGUGAAUAAAUGCCAGACUUGAAAAUGGUCCUGUUAAAGCGUUGUUGCGUGUGCUUCUCACCACGAAGUGGAACCGUGAUCUUGGGAUGCUUUGGUAUCCUCUUCGCGGUUCUCUCCAUGGUGCCCCAUGUCCUCAUCCUACAACAUCAUGAGUACUAUAUUGGCGAAUUCGUAAAGCAACAAAGAAGCACUGGGGUUCGCGAUAUUGGAGACGAUGAUAUUCCCAACAUUGAGUAUUUCAGUCGGAUGACUUGGUCAUUUCUUGUCGCGGUGGACGUAAUCUUCACCUUUGAUUCCAUUUUACUCAUUACUGGGGUGGCUUGCGAACGCCGAUAUUUCCUGAUUCCUUGGCUAGUUACGUCGUUUUGUUCAAGAUUGUUCUCCGUGGUCAUGAUUCUGGCCGCCAUGUUCAGUUACGCCAAUGAUUUCUCAUUUGUCAUCUUUUUCACCCUCGCACCGAUCCAAGCCCUGGGUAUUUACUUUUGGGUGGUGGUGUACUCGACGUUCCACCAGAUGAAACCCGAAAACGAAAGUGCCAGCACGUGUGCUUUGAACUUCAGUCAGAACCAUUCGACCUCGAUCUCUUGCCAAUCACGGCCCAACUCUCUGCAUUCUAAUACUCAACCUCGGCCCAGUCUUCACGGCCAAGUCUCUCUGGCACAGUCCAACGUGGCCACGGAACCCCCUUCAACCACAACAGUUACCAUUGAAGAAGAUCGGAGCUGCAGCCAGGUGACUCACUCAGCCUCGAUUUCCAGUGUUCCAUCUCCGAGGAACACUUUGAGACGAGGCCGUGCAUCCAGCCCACCACCUCCGUACGAGGCGGUGGCUGUGGAUAUUGAUAAGGAACAACAAGCCAUUGCAGCGGGUUUGGAUUCCAAAAACUUGACCUUCUCGAAGCAAAACUCAGUCGAAACCGCGACUCUGUCGGCCCAAGGAAGUGGGCGUGACUCUCAGAAUGAUGUUCCAACGGCAGUUUUAAUCUCUCCAGUGACUACCAGUAGUAUUUCGAAUGAUUUGGUCUCGUCGGAUACCAAUCCAGAUAUGAUUGAGAACCACGGCGAGGAAACGAACGAUCAGGAUCAAGAUGAAGAGGAUUGUCGAUUGGUUCAAGCAUGAGUGUGUUUCUUUGUGUUGAAGAAGCCUAGCUUUUGUUUCGAAGGGGGUAGUUUCAAGUAUGUUUCGUGUUUCAACCUCAAUCAUUAUAAUAUCACAAGAAGCUCUCAUAAACAAUAUCAAUUAACACA